AUGAUUUGUGGUGUUGUUUUUCUCGUUUUGAUGGCACUCUGCUACACAACAACAACAGAUGCCAAGCAUCCAGUAUGGAGUAAUCACGUCGAAUCAUAUACAUGUGCUGGUACAUCAGUACGUGAUGCCAUGGAUAUUUUCGAUUCAAACACGAUAAUAGUUCGAGUUGAUACAUCAGAGUGCCAAUUUGAAGGUACACCUCUCUACUUCACAAGUUUGAGUGGUACUUGUGGAAAUCUUGCUGCAACAGGUUCAUCAGCAAUCUAUAAUCCAACAUCGAACGAAUUUAACGUCAAAAUGCGAUUACCUGGUUUGACAGCACAAGAAAUUCUUGAUACAGCAUCACAAUGCAAUUGGAUACUAAACUGGGAAGGUGUUCUCAGAGAAUGA